AUGGUCAAGAUCGAUUUGGGUGGCCUCCCCACGGUCAACAUCGACACGAGCCACCCCAGCGAGGUCAACAUUGGGGAAAUGAAACGAGACAUCCGACGACGCAUGAAGGGUGGCGGUGGUCGAGCGGUCCAUCUGAGUUGGGACACCCACAAGCCGCGACUCGUGUUGACCAGCGACACGGACGACUUCGAUCCCACCAUAAUUUCGCAUUUUCAGGAGGAAGGCUUCCAGCUCAGUUAUCUCGUCUACUCGGGCAACCGGUCCGACUAUUUGAACAGACUACAACACUUGCAGGAUCCACUUGAAUUGGGCGAGAGGUACGCAAUUGUAGCCUACGGUGACGCCGCAGCCCUAGUUCUCGAAGCAUGCAUGAAACCGAUGCCGAAGCUGAUUGCUGUGGUGGCCUACUAUCCACCAUACAUGCCCAAGUCAACGACGAAUUUCCCACCGACGCUGAACGUACUGAUCCACCUGGCGGGCACCCAGAAGUUCGGCACGCGACACCCAUCGUACCGCUACCCAGGCACUCAACCCGGGUUCGCAGAGCACGAUCUCGACGAGUACGACAAGAUCGGCGCGUCGCUAGCCUGGUCACGCACUCUGUCCGUCCUCCGGACGGCAUUUGACGUCGAACCGUUCGACAUUGAAGCGGCCUGGGAGAAGCAUUUACGGCUAGAGUUUGGCGACAAGGACGCCGAUCGGACCAUGAACACGAUGGCGCGCCAUCCCUACGUCAAUCAUGUGCCGACCAUGACGGGUGGUAUUGGACGACACGAGCUGCGUCGGUUUUAUCGCGACUUCUUCUGUCCGGGACACCCGAGCGAUUUGAAUAUCCGCUUGCUCAGCCGCACUAUUGGGGUUGACCGCAUCGUCGACGAAAUGUACGUCAAGUUCACACAUACCACCGAAGUUCCCUGGAUGUUACCUGGCGUGCCGCCCACCGAUAAAAAGGUCGAGGUUGUUAUUGUUAGUGUCGUCGCCUUUCGCGGCGGGAAACUGUAUCAUGAGCAUGUCCAUUGGGACCAGGCUUCCGUUUUGGUCCAGAUUGGUCUCCUCGACCCAAAGUAUAUCCCCAGGACAUUCAAGACAGCCGAAGAGGGUAGAGAAGACGAGGUCGAGAGACUACCCGUGUGCGGAAGGCAGGCGGCCAGGAAGGUUUUGGAUGAAGAUAGCGCUCCGAGUAAUCAGUUGAUUCCAGAUUGGGAAGAGGAGGACUGA